AUGCUCGAGACAUUUAUGUCGUGGAAGAUUCGCCAUGGCUAUGCCAGCGACAACCUGAGGUUUUUGAUAGAUCACUGCGACUACAUUAAUCUCACUCUCGAGGAGGUGGACCGAGAUCUGCGUAUCAAGACAUUGUUUCGCGAUAUCUACGAUGCCAUCAUCUAUGGCAAGGACUUCUCAUCACCGUCGAAGCCUCCGCAACGGAAAGAACUGCUCGCUGAUCUGAGUGAGAGGGAACGCCUCCGACGAGCCGCCGCGUUAUGCUCAUUCAACGCCAACCAGCACUUCAAACACAUCUACCACUCCCCGGUGGAAUUCAUGUGUACAUUCUGGGCUUACUACAAGUACUACCUGUUUCUUUGCUUUCCGACCCCAAACAACUGGAGGCAAUGUUUUCGGUGGCAGCGACCACGGCCAGUUCAAUUUACCCAUCGACAUUGCAUGUUCCUCGACAGCAUAUAUUGGCCGGCAAUGCGAUCUCGACUGUUGAAAAAGGGCAGCCACAACGACGGCGAAAAGCUAGUUUGGUCUAUAACGCCACAUGUGAAGAUCAAGCCCCUCGUGCAACCGCUUUCGCACCUCAUUUCCGUGAAAAAAGACUUGUCGGAUAUUGCCCUUGACCCUGCCCUCGAAAGCUUCUUUGACGAUAUUAACAAUUUCACUCUGAGUCCAACCUUUUCUCUCUCGAAUCCUGAGUUCGUGGAUCUCAUGUACCUUGCAUCUUCCCCUCUCAAUGAGACGUUGGACGAGUCGCUUCCUGUGCUUGAUACAUAUGAAGACUCCGAAUCCUACUCUUGCGAAAAUCCCAACCCCAAUAACUUCCUGUAUUCCCUGGACGACAGAGAACGGACGAAGCCGCCCACACAGAUUGAUCAUUUCAAUCGUGCCUCAAUUUGGGAUGAACACCUCCCGGAGAGUCCGAGACCCUACGACUUUGCUACUGAAUUACCAGUCAAGGACUUUCUUCUUCCCCAAACAGACAACAGCGUGAAUGACCUUGGCUUCAAUUUGGCACCCAGCACUUCAAAUGGGUGUACAGUGGAUCAAUAUGAUACGGAUAUGGCAUUCCUCGCCUACUUUGAGGGUCGGAGCCAGCUGGUCUAG